AUGGCGCAGCUCAUCCAGCUCACCAAUUACUUCGUCUUGAUCACGCAUGACGACGCCGUCUGCCCUCCACCACAUCAAUUUUUCAUAUUCUCCCCCGCCAACUUCACAACAUCGCCCCCUUCUAGAGCUUCAACUUCAGCUUCAGCUUUCCGGAGUAGCUCUUUGCCAUAUCGACACUGCAUAGCGCUACUUGCCGCCAACGAUACAUCCUCUCGUGGCCCAAGCCCUACCCACCAACUCAAUCCUGCGAUACCGCCACGUCAUCUAGACAAUCCAGGAUUCUCGGAAUCGAUUUUGACUGCCUUUGGUCACCUCAAAGGCAACCCCCCCAACACGGCUCCAGCAGCCGCAAGUCUAGUAUCUGAUCAAGAUUACUCCCUACGACCCAACCGGGACAUCCUCAACACCCGCCCACCUCCUUUUGCUGCAAUCCUCCUCCAUGCUGUUUAUCCGUGUCUUUUCAGAGCGCUAACGACCCCCAAGCGAAACAAUCCAAACAAUCCACUAUCCUCGACCGUUCUCGAGGAUAUGUCACCUUCCGCCACUGAAACCAUUACAACCACCCCAACACAUCUCGAUUCAUACUUCGAAAAUUCGAAGUGUGCGUAUAUCGAGCUCAAUGGCGCGAAUAUUCCCAAACAAUUGAUUGAAGAUGCUCUGAAGACGAGAGUCGAAGACAUUGACCAUGACUCCUGCGAGGCCGGCGAUGAAGACGCGUUCUUCGUAGCGGAUCUUGGCGAGGUGUAUCGGCAACACAUGAGAUGGAAGUUGAACCUACCAAGAGUCCGACCAUUCUAUGCCGUCAAAUGUAACCCUGACCCCCAAGUGAUUCGCCUCCUGGGGGAGCUUGGAACUGGCUUUGACUGUGCUUCCAAGGCAGAGAUUGAACAAGUCCUGAAGAUGGACAUUGAGCCUGAGCGAAUUAUCUAUGCUCAGCCCUGCAAGACAAACUCUUAUGUCCGCUACGCUGCCAGCCAAGGAGUCAAGCAGAUGACAUUUGAUAAUGCGGACGAGCUCUAUAAGAUGAAGAAGCUCUAUCCCGAUGCAGAGCUCUUCCUCCGCAUUUCGACUGAUGACUCGUCGAGCCUGUGCCGCUUGAGUUUGAAGUUUGGAGCUACUUUGGACACAACUGACGAACUUCUUGCUCUUGCUAAGGAGCUGCAGCUCAAUGUCGUAGGCGUCAGCUUCCACGUUGGCUCCGGCGCUUCUGACCCGCUCGCGUUCCUGAAGGCGGUCCAAGAUGCUCGGAUGGUCUUUGACCAAGCCGCUGCACAUGGUUUCUCGUUGCACACUCUCGAUGUCGGCGGGGGAUUCUGUAGCGAGACUUUUGAGGAGAUGGCUGCCGCUCUGAGCGCAGCAUUGGAUGAAUAUAUCCCGGGCCACAUCCGGAUCAUCGGUGAACCAGGGCGGUACUACGUUGCCUCGGCCUUCACUCUGGCAUGCCAUGUCAUUGCUCGGCGCACGAUCAGCGACCCUCCAUCCACCGAACAGAGCCAUAUGCUCUACUUGAACGACGGCCUCUACGGCAACUUCUCUAGCAUCAUGUUCGAUCAUCAGAAUCCUAUCGCCCAGGUUCUCCGAUCAGGCCGCCAAUUCUGUUUCGACACGAUUGCUUCGCGGGAAUCAAGGGGUGGAACCGAAUAUUCCAUCUGGGGCCCGACAUGCGAUGGCAUUGAUCGUAUCACCGAGAGCAUCCGCUUCGAUCACACUCUUGACAUAGGCGAUUGGCUUUACUUUGAGAACAUGGGCGCCUAUACGAAGUGCUCCGCCACUCGGUUCAAUGGCUUCUCGGACGCACACGAUGUCAUUUACGUUGCGAGUGAGCCGGGCGCCAAGGCUUUGCUAGGGAUGAAGUAG